UUUAAGACUUUGUCUAUAUAACACAGUUUAAGUCUUAAAGUGUUAUAUAGGUAAGUCAAUUAACUCAAACACGCAUAAUAAUGGAAGCUCUACUACGGAGCACCGGGGGAUCUCCUCCUCUCCACACGGCAAAGAUCUCCCGUCUCGCCAUCUCGAACCGCAUAUUCGCCGCUGUUUACGCCUCCGCCGUCCUAACCCUCCUCUAUCACCACUUGGAAACCCUAGCAGACUCCACCACCUCCAUAUCCUCCUUACUCAUAUCCCUCUCUCUCCUCAUCGCAGAUCUCAUCCUCGCCUUCAUGUGGACCACAACGCAGUCGUUUCGUAUGCAUCCCGUCUACCGUACCGAGUCGCCGGAGAGCCUCGCAAAGGUGGUGACAGAUCAAACGGACUGCGUUCCGGCGAUGGAUGUAUUCAUUUGCACCGCCGAUCCCUACAAAGAGCCGCCGAUGGGCGUCGUGAACACCGCCUUGUCGGUGAUGGCCUAUGACUAUCCGCCGGAGAAGCUCUCGUUGUAUGUCUCCGACGACGGUGGGUCGGCGCCGACGCUCUUCGCUUUCCUGGAGGCCGCCAAGUUUGCCGCCCACUGGUUGCCCUUCUGCAGGAAAAACGACGUCGUUGAGCGCUCACCGGAGGUGUACUUUGCUUCGAAUGACUGUCGUUUUUCUGAGGCUCAGAAGAUAAAGACUAUGUACGAAAGCAUGAAAGUGAGGGUGGAGAACGUGGUUGAGAGAGGGAAAGUUGGCGAUGAGUUCAUCACCGGGGAAGAAGAAAGCCAAGCUUUCAACAAAUGGACGGACGGAUUUACGCGGCAAGAUCAUCCAACUGUCAUUCAGGUUAUAUUGGAUAAGAGCAAGGAUAGAGACAUAACAGGUCAUGUAAUGCCAAACCUCAUAUACGUCUCUAGAGAGAAAAGCAUGACUUCACACCACCAUUUCAAAGCUGGUGCCCUCAAUGUCCUUAUUCGGGUCUCGGCCAUCAUGAUGAAUUCCCCAAUAAUCCUCACCCUGGACUGUGACACAUACUCAAACGAUCCCAAAACGCUUCAGAGAGUGCUUUGCUACUUCUCAGACACAAAAGUUGAAUCCAAAGUUGGGUACAUUCAGUUUCCUCAGAAGUUUCAUGGGAUCAACAAGAAUGACAUCUACGGUUGUGAGAUCAAACGACUAUUUGUGAUCAAUCCCCAAGGAAUGGAUGGGCUGAAUGGCCCAAAUCAUGUUGGAACUGGAUGCUUUUUCAACAGACGGGUCUUCUUUGGAGGCCCAUCAGCAUUAUUGUUGCCGGAGUUGCCGGAGCUAAGCCCAUACCAUGUUGUCAACAAGCCCAUCCAAUCUCCACAAGUAUUGAAGUUGGCACACCGUGUUGCUGGUUGCAACUAUGAGAACCAGACCCAGUGGGGAUUUAAGGUGGGUGUGAGAUAUGGAUCACUAGUAGAAGAUUACUUCACUGGCUACCGUGUUCAAUGUGAGGGAUGGAAGACCAUUUUCUGCAAUCCUGAUAGGCCAGCAUUUUAUGGGGAAGCCCCAAUCAGCCUUAUUGACGUGUUGAACCAGAACAAACGGUGGGCCAUAGGCCUCCUUGAGGUGGCUUUCUCCAAGUACUGUCCCUUGACAUUCGGCAUUAGUUUAAUGGGCCCUCUCAUGGGCUUGGCUUAUGCCCAUUAUGCGUUUUGGCCCAUUUGGUCGAUUCCUGCUGCCAUUUAUGCCUUCGUCCCACAAUUUACUCUCCUCAAUGGAGUCACCAUCUUCCCAAAGGUUUCAGAGCCAUGGUUUGUGUUGUAUCUAUUCCUUUUCUUCGGAGCCUACGGCCAAGAUCUCUUGGAUUUCAUAGUAGGAGGAGGAACCUUCCAAAGGUGGUGGGGCGAUCAAAGAAUGUGGAUGAUAAGGAGUCUCUCGUGCUUUUUAUUUGGUUCCAUCGAGUACUCGAUGAAAUCCUUAGGCAUUUCCACGCACGGUUUCAACGUGACCAGCAAAGUCCUAAAUGAGGAACAGAGCAAGAGAUACGAGCAAGGCGUAUUCGAGUUUGGAGUCCACUCACCCUUGUUUGUGCCCUUGACAAUGGCCGCAAUAACCAAUCUCGCCGCCCUCAUUUUCGCGAUUGUGACGAUCUUGAGAGGCGGAGGAGGAGAUUUUGAAAGACUUUUAAUGCAACUGCUUAUCGUUGCUUUCGCGGUAGUUAAUUGCCUGCCAGUUUAUGAAGCCAUGAUUUUUAGGAGUAACAAAGGAGGGAUUCCGAUAAAAACUACUUUGCUCGCAACAUUUCUAACCUUAACUCUCUUCGCAGUAGCUUAUGUUACUCUAAGGAACUGAAAUUUGGGUCAGCUAGUUUCCUUAAUUAUGACUAAUUUAUAUUCUAUUUAAUAAAUGUUGCCUAAGUGCAGCCAAUAAGUACUAUUAAAUGUGGGAAAAGUACUGUACUUGUAAAUUUUCAAUAUUUCUAGUACGAGUGGCUUCAAAUCUAAAGGAUGAUGACGAUGAUUAGGUCGUUCGUACAUUUACACUU